UGAAUUGGAACACGAAAAAUCCUUUCUUCAGUUCCACCAUGCCGUUGGCCGAAGCUGGGAUGGCGACUGGUUUCGAUGACCUAGAUUUGCCAAUGCUGGACAAGCACCUGUUCACCAUGCUAAAUUUGGACGUGACGUUGCCAGCCGUGGGUGCCCACAGAAGCUUUGGCUUCAAAUUGCGACCCUCUGAACACCAGCAUGUCUUCGAUGUGCUUGAGAAGUUUCUGCAAAACCUUUUCCAAGAGCUAGACUUGGUGACGUCCGGUGGCCCAGAUCUCCAACGAGACUAUUUGGGUGUGCGUGAUCGAGCAGCGGCUAGCAUGGAUGAAUGGCAGGGUUUGGUGGAUGACUGGAAAGGAAGCUUAUUGACCAGGCUGGGCGACUUGGGGAAUGAGCUGACAGAGGUUAAGAAGAGCGAGACGCGUCUGCGACAGCUGUUGGAGCAGAAGGAGGCAGAGCUGUCUGAGAUUCGAGAAGAGAGCCGGAGCCUAAAGAAGGACUUGAUGCGAGUCAGGAGGAGGUGCUCUGAGGAGAGAUUAGAGAAGCUAGGGCUGAAUGAUCAAGGCGGCUCAACGCCGUCCACACCUUCGACCUCGGUGAUCGGCUUCUUUGCGAAGACUUUAGGCAAAGGCAUGUCCAAGGAAGGAUCCUUUGAUCUUGUGAACAGAGAAGGGCUGCUGUGGCUGCUUUUGUCCUCCAGUUUUGUGUCGCGUUGUGGGGUCGACUGGUACAAGAACAACAUGAAGAUGGAUUCACGACCCUCCAUUGCUGUGAGGGCUAUGCGUUCAAUGGCCUCCCGAGAGAUCCAGGGGAUUUUGCCCGGGGAAGUGGGCGAUACCCUCGACACGAUGUCGGAGGAUGACAACCUGCCGCCGAGCCCGCGUCGUGUCCGGGAUUUAGCAGACGCUGG